GCUGGCAUAGAGAUACAGGCACAAACAAACUAGCCCCUUUCUUGCAUACGGUCACCGUCAGACGCGCACAGUGACUACGAUUAUGGCGACGACAACAUCCUUCAAGGACCGGAAUCUGAUUGCAGUUAUCGGAGACGAGGACUCCAUUACUGGUUUACUUCUCGCUGGCAUUGGGCAUAUAAACGAUAAACAGAAGAAGAACUUUCUGAUCGUUGAUUCCAAAACACAGGUGUCAACUAUCGAAGCUGCCUUUCAGGAUUUCACGGAACGGAAAGACAUCGCCAUUCUGCUAAUAAACCAACACAUUGCUGAGAAAAUACGGCCAACAGUUGACAAAUACCAACAGGCAUUCCCGGCACUCCUGGAAAUACCCUCCAAAGAUCAUCCUUAUGACCCAUCCAAAGAUUCGGUCCUCAAACGUGUUCAGAAACUCUUUGGAGAGUAAUUGUUGUGAUACCCAUAUACAUGGACUUGGAUGCAUUAUAAUGAUACAGUUA